AUGUCGUCACUGAGUCUGCGUGGAGUGACAGUGAAUUUUCCUUUUCCUCCAUAUGACUGUCAGAAAGACUACAUGAACAAAGUGAUUGAGUGUCUUCAAAGGAAGGUGAAUGGGGUUCUGGAGAGUCCCACGGGCACAGGUAAAACCCUGUGCCUGCUGUGUGCCACCUUGGCCUGGAGGGAGAACUUCAAAGACACCAUCUCUGCCCGCAAGAUAGCAGAGAAGCUGGGUGGGGAGCAGAUGUUCCCGAACACACCCCUGUCAUCCUGGGGGACGGCUGCUACAGAUGGUGACACACCAACCUACUACACUGAUGUUCCCAAGAUCAUAUAUGCAUCCAGGACACACUCUCAGCUCGCUCAGGUUAUCAGUGAGUUAAAGAACACCUCAUACAGGCCAAAGGUGUGUGUGCUGGGGUCAAGAGAGCAGCUGUGCAUCAACCAGGAAGUGAUGCGUCAGGAGAGCAACCAUGUCAAGGUCCAUAUGUGCAGAAGAAAAGUCUCCACCAGGUCAUGUGUGUUCUACAAUAAUGUUGAAGAGAAGAGCACUGACAGAGACUUGGUGAACUCCAUCCUUGAUGUGGAAGACUUGGUCAAAUACGGCAACAAACAGAGGGUCUGUCCUUACUACCUCUCCCGUUCCUUGAAGCAGCAAGCAGAUAUCAUUUUUAUGCCGUACAACUACCUGCUGGAUCCGAAGAGCCGCAGGGCGCACAACAUCGAGCUGAAUGGAGCCGUGGUCAUUUUUGAUGAAGCUCAUAAUGUGGAAAAGACGUGUGAAGAGUCGACGUCGUUUGACCUGACUCCCUAUGAUGUAGCCUCAGCCAUUAGUGCUGUGGACCGGCUGCUGGUGGAGCAGGCUAAAGAAGCCAGCCAUGGAGCCUCUGAAGAUUUCAACGUGGAAUCCCUCAGCUCUGAUCUAAAGAUAGACAUAGCCACCAUUGCUAAAGUCAAACAGAUUCUGCUGGAUCUGGAAGCUGCCAUUGAUUCCUAUGAGGUUCCUGGUGACAAAGGAAUCACAAAACCUGGAAUCUUCAUCUAUGAGCUGCUGGAGAGAGCUCACCUGACCUACAGCAGCAAGACGGCAGUCCAAGAAGCUCUGGAGCAGAUCAGUGGACACUUAGUGGGACAGGGAGGACUAUUCCUGAACACAAGUGGACUGGAGAAGCUGGCUAACAUCAUACAGCUGGUGUUCAGCGGUGAACCGUCAGAGACGGACAGACAACAGCGGAUGCAGUCCAACACGGCUCAUUUUAAGGUUCAUAUCCACAGAGACACCAGCCAGCACAGGAAAAAACCGAGCGCUGACAUGUGGGCUUCAUCCUCAUCAAAGAAACAAGGAAACAUACUGAGUUACUGGUGCUUCUCUCCUGGCUUCAGCAUGCAGGAUCUGGUGAAUCAAGGUGUCCGCUCCAUCAUUCUGACCAGUGGGACACUCUCUCCUCUGUCCUCAUUCACCUCUGAGAUGAGGAUAGAAUUCCCUGUGUGUCUGGAGAACGGUCACGUGAUUGAGCGGGACCAGAUCUUUGUCAGCAUCAUUGAACAAGGUCCAGAUGGAGUUCAGUUAAGUUCAGCGUUUGAUAGAAGCCAACCUGAGCCGUGUGGUUCCUCAUGGUCUCUUGGUGUUUUUUCCCUCUUUCCCUUUAAUGGAAAAACCAUUGACUCGCUAAUGGACAUGCAGAUCGUAUUGACAACAUAA